UAAACUCUUUUCGAAUCGAAAAUCCAACGAGACCACGUCGUGCUCGUGCUUGUACGCUCCAUUUACCGAGAAAAACUAAAGUAAUACUCCUACAAUGGCAUUCGGUGAUGUGAAGACCGCCAACGGAUUGAAGGAAUUGGACAAAUUCCUUGCCGACCAUAGCUACGUCGAAGGAUACACUCCAUCGAAGGCUGAUUUGUCGGUGUUCGAUGCGCUGGGCAAGGCUCCUGCGGCUGCCAACGUGCACGCUCUACGCUGGUACAAUCACAUUGCCUCCUUCAGCACCAAGGAGCGCUCGGAAUGGGGCGGACAGGCUCUGCCGCAGGUUGCCGGUGGCAAACCCACCACCGCAGCAGCCCCGGCCGACGACGAUGACGAUGUGGAUCUGUUCGGAUCGGAGGAUGAGGAGGAGAGUGCAGAGGCGGAGAGGCUGAAGGAGGAGCGUGUGGCCGCGUACAACGCCAAGAAAUCCAAGAAACCUGCCCUCAUUGCAAAGAGCUCCAUUUUGUUGGACGUCAAACCGUGGGAUGACGAGACGGACAUGAAGGAAAUGGAAAAGAAUGUCCGCAGCAUCGAGAUGGACGGGCUUCUGUGGGGUGCCGCCAAGCUGGUCCCAGUGGGUUACGGUAUUCACAAGCUGCAGAUUAUGUGCGUGAUCGAGGAUGACAAGGUUUCGGUGGAUCUGCUGACGGAAACGAUCCAGGAGUUCGAAGAUUACGUCCAAUCGGUCGACAUUGCUGCAUUCAACAAAAUCUAAGCAGGACGCAGAUAAAUACAUUGGGGAGAGCGAAUACGUACAAGCCAGCCAGUCCGUUGAAAGUGUAAACGUUAAUAAAUGAAACUUUUUGUAAUAAUUUA